CAACGCAAGUAAGUAAGUAACUUGUCUUUGUCUCCACUUAGUACUACUACUACUGCUAAUACUACUGUUUUAAGUAACUUACCACAAAAAAUCAGAUAUUUUUAGAAAUCUCAAAUCUGAAACAGAGAAAAACAAUAUGGGUGCUCUCGAUCACAUUUCUGACCUAUUUGACUGCUCCGGUGGCACUUCCAAACACAAACACCGCAAACAAUUGCAGACGGUGGAAGUGAAAGUGAAGAUGGACUGCGAAGGUUGCGAGAGGAAAGUGAGAAGGGCUGUUGAAGGAAUGAAAGGGGUUGACAAAGUCGAUAUAGAGAGGAAGGCAAGCAAAGUCACUGUUGUAGGUUAUGUUGAACCCAACAAAGUGGUGGCGCGUAUUGCUCACCGCACUGGGAAGAGGGCUGAGAUAUGGCCAUAUGUACCAUACGAUGUCGUUGAUCACCCAUAUGCUCAGGGUACAUACGACAAGAAAGCACCCUCCGGUUAUGUCAGAAACACUUACGACAACAAUCAGUACUCUGGAUCCCAUCUAGCGCGUGCUAGUUCCACCGAGGUUCGCUACACCACCGCCUUCAGCGACGAGAACCCCGCCGCUUGUUCUGUCAUGUGAUCGAUGUCACUUCUUAAUUGCUUCUUCGUCUGUUAUUGUUGUUUGUUUGUUUGUUUGUUUGUGGAACUUGGAUCCAAUUAGCCAAAUUUGUUCUGUUUUGUUUGUAAAAUAGAGAGUAUUUUAUUUAUGGUUUUUGGGAAGGAAUCUAUGUUCAUACACCAGCCAGUAGUAGCUUGUUAAUUAUUUGGGUCCGUACGUCAUAUUAUUCUACUGCCCAGUUUUUGAUUCAUUCAAUCAAACAUUACAAUUGCCUGCAA